AGAGAGAGAAAAUAGAGAUGCGUGAAUCGAGAAAAAAAACGACAUCGUCAUCUUAAUCAUAAUGUGAUAUUCUUUUAAGGACAUCGCCAAGUUGAACAAAUCAAAACAAUAAAUUCAAGUUUGGUAAUGUUUAAGUUAUUGUUUAUUCUAACCAUUUUUUAACAAUUUACUACAUGCAGAUGUUUCAAUGUUAAAAGCUUCGAAUCAAUCAACAAUUGAUCCAAUCAUAAUUAGUCGUGAUUAUAAGGAUGGUGAUGCGAAUAUUUCAACAUUGAUACAUCAAGAACCACCACCAUUGCCAAAAGCACGACAGAAUAAUAAUAUCAGUAGUAGUAAUGUCAGAAUGAUGAUGUCAUCGACAUCAUCAUCAACACCUAAUAUUAUGACCAACAAUGUUUCAAACAACAACAGCAACAAUAAUAAUAAAUCAAAUAUUGGCCGAACUGGAUCGACUGCAAAUAUGGCAACAACAGAGAUUAAUAAUAAUAAUGCAUCAUUACAGCCAUCUAACGUCAUCAUAAAUACAAAUCUACAACGACAACAACAAAUACAGAAUGAAGAAUUGUCCGUUCUGACAAGUUAUUAUGCUUGUGCAAGAUAUUAUCUAUUUAUGGUUUAUAUAUUAGUAUUGAUAACAUUGAUCAUCAAUACUUUUAUACAUUUCAUAUUUUAUGGAUCAAAUAUGUCAAUUGGUUCAAUGUUUUUAGAUGUACAUCAUCGACAAGAACUUAUAAAUGGACAAUAUUAUUCACUUGAUAACAAUAAUUAUGCACCGAACAAUUAUCUAUCAGCAUCCACAUUUAAUAUUGGCCGUGAUCGAAAUAUAGUUCAACAUGGUGGUCCUUAUGGCACGAUCAAUCAUCGACCAUUAUCGAAGCAUCUCGGUAGCAAUGAACAAAUAUAUCAUUGUGAUCGUAGUUCAUUUCUUUCAUUACUUGAUGAAUUUUAUCAUCAAUAUCCGGUACCUAAACCACAGCCACCAACAUAUGAUUCAUCGGAUAGAAUGAAUCUUGAUGGAAGAAAUCAGCUUGAUGGUGAUGAUGAUACAAAAUCCUAUCCGAAAAUAUUUGCUAAUUUCGAUAAUUAUGCACGAACAAAAGAUCGUCAAGAUCUGAAUGAAGAAGAUGAUAUAUUCUACAGUAGUAGUAGUAGAUCGAAUGAUGAAGAAUCAUUACAAGCAAGUCGACAACGAUUGGCGACAAUAUCCGUCGAUAAACGUUUCAAUAAUCUUAAUCAUCAGAGAACCGGAAAUGAAAAUCGUAUGUUAAUCAUUGAAGUGAUUGCAUUGACAUUAUUGUUUGUGACAGUAUUGAAUCAAGUACUAGGAUUGAUUGGUGUAAUAAGAAAAAAUCUAACAUUACUCAUAUUUGUUACUAUUGUUAAUUUUGUAUUAUUCUGUAUAUUGGCAUUCAUUUCAAAUAUUGGACUAAUACUUUUAUUGUUGUUGGCUACUUCGGCUGGUUAUCUAUUCAUAUUUCAAUUAAAAAUUGGCCUAAGAAAUCGUAUUAAGGAACGUUUAAGAUUCAAAGAGGAUAUAUCGACUGAAGUACAGGAUGCAAUCAUGCAGAUGCGUAAUCGUAUGUCACCAUGUAUACAUGUAAGCAUGGAACAAUAUGAAGCUAUGACACAACAAAUGUUGAAUCGUUAUUCAUCACCCAUUGUUUAUUGUCCGCAUUAUAAUGAAAGUCUUUGCUAGAUAAAGCAAAAGAAAAAAAUAUUUU